AUGACUGCGACGUCAUCGUCCCGUGACGCGUCACCACGUAGCGGCGAUCGUGCACUACCAUCACCGCCAUCAUCAUUAGCAGCAGCAGCUGCUUCUCCAGACGCUGCAGUGCGUCCCACAGCUUCGAAGAAGAGACGCCACGAGACCUCUAGCGUCGAAAAUGGAGCCAAAUCCACGAAUCGGAAGCGGUAUCUGCGAUUUCUAAAAGCGCACGAGCUGAAAUUUGGCUUGGCGCCAGUGGCAAGAGACGUGGCGACGGGUGAAGUAACAAUCGUGGUAUGUCGCUUUUGCCAGCACUUUGGACGCGAGCAGCGACCGGAUAAACAGCGGCGGUCCACGAAGAACGUCAAGUACUUUCGGAACUCGUUUCGGACGGACCAGUACCAGCAACACCACGAGAUCUCUCAUGGCGAGACGUGGCGUCAGUACCAGGCGAGCUCGGACGAGGCCAAGCGCGUGUUUUUUCAGCGGCCUGAAGUAGCAGCAGCAGUAGCACCAGAGAAGCUACCCGGUCGAGCCGUAAACGCGUCGGCGAAACUUGAUUUGGAGCUCGCACCUGGGGAGAUUUGGGUUUUAGAACCGACGAACGAAGAGAGGAGAAAGUGCUUUAACGUGACACCAGCGAUCGUCGAAGUGGUCGCAGUGCUGGCCAUUGGAGCGACGGAAAUGACCGUGGUAAGUGCGCUGAAGAAGCAGAGCCAUCGCAUGAUUUACCACGCCCAUGAAGUCACGGACAAUGAAGUGGUGCAAUGGUGUCCACCGAAAGACAUGUUUCAAUCGUGUGAGCUACUAGGAACGGCUGCUGAGCCGUUGUACCGCGUCAUUGUGCACUCGAGAGCGCAGAUUGACUGCAUGGUGGAGCUCGCAGCCGCAGGGUUGUCGUUUCGUCAGAUUUCGAGUGCGAUGCGGUCGUUCUGCGUGCACGCUCCUGUGCUUCUUAGUGACCUCGUGACAAAGAGCAAGGACCUGGGAAGUGACCGUGGGGCCGAUGCAUUGCGUAAAGGGGCUCGCAGUGCAAGCUUACGCUAUAGCGAGGAACAGACGGCUGAGUUCAUACGUCUGAUCAUUGCAGCCAACUUGACGGCGGUAUCGCGGCUACUUUGUAGCUCCUGGGCUUUCUCACUGGAAUUACGAGCGUCCAUGGAACACGCACCGAUGCGGUCGUAUCUGGACUUUCGGGUGAAGGUGUAUGGUCAAGGUGCCAUGCAUAGCGUGCAUUUAGUAUCGAUUCCAGCAUUUGAGAGCAAGUGCAAAGGGAUGAUGUAUAAUACGCUGGACAAGGUACUGAGUGCUGUUCUGCCUAGCUGGAGACACCGUCUGAUUGGAGUGACGACCGACGGCGAUGCGCGAAUGCCAGCUCGAGUGCUCGACAUUGUUGCACGUUUACAAGAGGAAGCAGCUACUCCCAUUGUCUAUCGCUCGUGUACCGCAUGUCAUCAGCUGGACUGUAUUGUGACGAACUUUUACUCGUCUCUGCAAGGCGGCUGCUUUCUAUUAGCCCUCAAGGAUUUAUCUACCUACAUUCGACGACGACCGGAACUUCUCGCGAUCAUGUCACCUCCUCCUGCACUUCCCGAAGUUACAAGUAGCUCUCUCAGCCUACGCGAGAGGUGGAUUGCGCUAGGCAAAGAGACCAACUGGAUUGCGGCGCAUCGCAACUUGGUGUUCCAUCACCUCGAAGUUGUAAAGCCUCCGAGUGCACCGGAUAACGCGUGGUGGUUGUUUUUUGCGGCAGCAGACUGGGUCGCUACUCGUACGAACGAGGCAUUUACCAAGCUCCUGUUCAAGCGCGCAAUCAUUGCUGACCAGGUUGCAGCGAUUGCUGCUUUGUCCAGGGAGUGUGCUGCUGCUUUUUAUGCUCUGGGUCCCGAUAAUGACCCGCUGCUCGUUGCAGAACCAACAUCACACAGCAAGUCGUUCAAGUCACGCAAAGGCCACUUUGCAUUGAACAAGCCUGGCGUGAUUGCAUUUCUACGAGAGACCAAGCCGCCAUUGGCCCCGAUUUUGAACACCACGGAAGCUCCAAUCGUUGACUUGGCAGCGGAGAAUCUGGCAAUGUGUGGCGUCAAUCUGAUCGAGUCAUUGCUUGAGCUCAGUAUCGCUCUUGGCGAUACGCAAAGCUCUCAUGGUAGUCGUGGACCGACAAUGACUCGAGAGAUGGCGGAGUUUUUGCCACCGACGCUGCCUCACGAGCUCGUGCAGCUCAGUGGCCGUGAGUUUGCGUCUCUGCUUCAUAUGUACAGCCCGAUCAUCGUGCGCUUUAUGUCAACGGAAGACAUGAACACGAUGAACCACGAACUUCAAGCACUGCGUCGAGCUGCUGUGUUCGAGUCGAAUCUGCGUGAAUCACUUGCUACUUGCAGUGCCAAUACGCCGUUUCAAGAAGCGUGGGCAGCUACAGGACAUCGGUACAAAGCGCUCGAGAGGUUUGCAGGUGGAUUCGCAAGUGUCUUUUCGUGCACGCCGAUACCCACGCAAGGCAGUACGAGCGAUUUGGCUCUAUGUCGCAUUGACAUGGACACAGCUCGAGUCGUGCUGGCUGAUUUUGCGCUAGAGGGUACAUUACACGCGCAACAAUUUCCAGCAUUAAUGGCUCUCAACGAGUUAUUGGAGACCACGAGAAGCUGA